AUGGUUUAUGAAUGGAAAGAUCGUCCAAGGGCCUGUGGUAAUAACAGCAGCUUUUAUUCGAUAAUUUUACCUGUUCAAACGCGAUUUUAUUCGAGCAAUUCACGCGAACUUAAGGGUAUCGAUAUGUGUGGAAACAAUUUGAAGGAUCAUCAAACCAUUCAAUCAAGAAAGGAAAUAGUCGACAGUAAUUAA